UGCAGUUAAUCGUGCACGCAAUCUACAACACACCGUGAAAGGAGCAAGAAAGCAGAAGUAGCUGUCUGUACAGAACUUGACAGGGCUACGCAGCAGCAAGUUUCCUCCCGUGAAGAACCACUGGGAUAUGAUUGUGCCUUGCACUUUAAUCUUCGGUCUCCUGGCUUUCAGCCAAGCAGCUAAUCCUUGCUGCUCAAACCCAUGCCAGAACAGAGGAGUGUGUAUGACGACAGGUUUUGACCGAUAUGAAUGUGACUGUACAAGGACAGGAUUUUAUGGGGAAAACUGUACUACACCGGAAUUCUUGACCUGGGUGAAACAGUCAUUGAAACCUACUCCGAACACUGUCCACUACAUCCUCACUCACUUCAAAGGCGUCUGGAAUAUAAUAAACAGCAUUCCCUUCUUCCGUGAUUCCAUCAUGAGAUAUGUAUUGACAUCAAGGUCACAUUUGAUUGACAGUCCACCAACGUACAACAGCCAGUAUGGUUACAAAAACUGGGAAGCCUAUUCCAACCUUUCCUUCUAUACUAGAGCCCUCCCACCAGUGGCACUGGACUGCCCAACACCCAUGGGUGUUAAAGGUAAGAAGGAGCUCCCAGAUUCUGCAGUAGUUGUGGAGAAAUUUCUGCUGAGGAAAAAAUUUAUUCCUGAUCCUCAAGGCACAAAUAUGAUGUUCACGUUCUUUGCUCAACAUUUCACCCACCAGUUCUUUAAGACAGAUCACCACAAAGGGCCAGCCUUCACCAAAGCUCUCGGCCAUGGGGUUGACUUGAACCACGUCUAUGGAGAGACUUUGGAUAGACAACUUAAGCUGAGGCUACUUAAGGAUGGAAAGCUGAAGUAUCAGAUGAUUGAUGGAGAAAUGUACCCUCCCACUGUGAAGGACACUCAGGCAGAAAUGAUCUACCCACCUCAUGUUCCUAAGCACCUGCAAUUUUCUGUAGGCAAUGAGGUGUUUGGUUUGGUCCCAGGUUUAAUGAUGUAUGCCACAAUAUGGCUCAGAGAGCACAAUCGGGUCUGUGACAUCCUUAAGCAGGUGCAUCCAGAAUGGAAUGAUGAGCAGCUUUUCCAAACUACCAGGCUCAUAUUGAUAGGAGAGACCAUCAAGAUUGUUGUUGAAGACUACGUGCAGCAGUUGAGUGGCUACUACUUCAAGCUGAAGUUUGAUCCCGAGCUGCUGUUUAACCAGCAAUUUCAAUAUCAGAAUAGAAUUGCAGCCGAAUUCAACACUCUGUACCACUGGCACCCACUUCUGCCUGACAGUUUUCAGAUCCAUGACCAGGAGUACACUUUCCAGCAAUUUCUCUACAACAACUCUAUCAUGGUGGAACAUGGCCUUUCCCACAUGGUGAAAUCCUUCUCCAAGCAAAUUGCUGGCAGGGUUGCUGGGGGUAAGAACGUUCCUUUUGCAGUACAGAAAGUAGCUAAGGCUUCAAUUGAUCAAAGCAGACAGAUGAGAUACCAGUCCUUGAAUGAGUACCGAAAACGCUUCCUAAUGAAACCUUUUAAGUCAUUUGAGGAACUUACAGGAGAAAAAGAAAUGGCAGCUGAAUUAGAAGAGCUUUAUGGAGACAUUGAUGCUAUGGAGCUGUACCCUGGCCUUCUAGUAGAAAGGCCUCGUCCUGGUGCCAUCUUUGGUGAGACCAUGGUGGAACUUGGAGCACCAUUCUCUUUGAAAGGGCUGAUGGGAAAUGCUAUCUGUUCUCCAGAGUACUGGAAACCAAGCACCUUUGGCGGAAAAGUGGGCUUUGAAAUAAUCAAUACUGCCUCUCUACAAAAGCUCAUCUGCAAUAACGUGAAGGGCUGUCCCAUCACUGCCUUCCAUGUCCUAAACUCUGAAGCCACAGAAACGGCCACCAUUAACGUCAGUUCCUCAAGCUCCUCAAUGGAGGAUAUCAACCCCACAUUGCUAAUGAAAGAGAGAUCCGCUGAAUUGUAGUACAUUUAUUUAUUUAUUUAUUUAAGUAAUUAUAUAAAUUAUUUAUAUUUAUAUCUUUAUAUUUAAAAAAUGAAAUCCAGACUAUGUCUUACUCAGACAAGGGUUCCACUGAUCAAGGCAGACCACUGUUUUUAAAGUUUGCAUCACUGGAUCCAUAAUUACAAAUUCUGCAACAGAAAGAAGUAUUCCAAAGUGAAUGGAAAAUGGUCCUUUUUUGUUGUUGUUGUUGGGAGUGUUUUGCUAUAAAACUUGACAGUAAAUGUUUUGUUUUGUCACUUGAUAGGCAACAUAAUGCUACAGGAAUAAGUUAUUUUGUCAACAUAUAUUUUAAUUUGAAAAUGAGCUAUCAAAAAAAACAAGAAGAUUGGAUUAAUGAAAACUGCAAUAAUUACUAAUUACAGUACCAUAAUAGUAAAUGAAUGUAAAACAAAUUAUGCAACUUUAAAUGUUUGUAUAAAGUCAGCAAAUGAAAAAGUUAUGUUUCUCACAAACACUACCUCACUAUCAUGCACAUAUUUUAUAUUAACAUUUAAUGAGGAGCCUUAACUUUUAUUUUCUGACUUUGGACAUUGAAACCUAUGCUUUAACGUUCCAUUAAUACUCUUUUUAAAAUUAAAAUGUACUUUAUAAAAAUAUAUAACCUGUGUUUAAAUCCCAAUUAGGUUUUGGAGUUUGCACAACAUAGUAGGGUGGAGGGAAAAAUGUGCUGCUAUUUAGCUAGAAGUAGUUAUUUGCCAGGCUGGGAUAACAGGGCAUUUAUAUUUUGAUCGCUGUGUUGUAUAUUGCAAGAAAUCAUAUCAAGAAAUUACACAAAAUGAUUUUAUAAUAGCACUUUAGAUUUUUACAUGCAGGGAUCAUUUCAUUAUCUUUAGGAGCGGGUGUAGAAUGGCAUUUUCUAUUAAAACUGCUGGGGGAUUUAGGUAGAAAGAAUGCAAUUAUUCAGGCUGGAAUUGGUCAGAAAACAAUUUUGGGAGAAAAAAAUGUCCAGGGAGCUUUACUGACCACUUGUGGACAAGGCUUCCGUUUUAUAUCACAUCUGAAAGAUACAGUCUUCCCAGCACUGUAUAUACUGCAUCCUUAAUAUAGGAUAGGAAAAUGUUAGUAUGAAUAUGGCCCUGUUACAAUUUGACUGUGACUUUCCCUAAAUUUCUAGUUACUUGUUUUUACACUUUGAUUAUUUUAAUUAGGCUGCUCAUUUUAAGAGAUGUUAAUUUGUAACUUUCAAUGCUGAUAACUGAACGAGGAACACACAGUCUAUUGUACACCAAAGUGUAUUCGGUUGGAAGGCUUUUUACAGAUAUGUUUGGGGAUAUUUUUUUUUCUAUGCAAUGCACAAAGUGGAGAAAGCACAAUGCACAUUAAAAGAUGCUGAGGUUUCUUAAAUUCAGAACUGUAAAUGUUUAUAAAUGGACUUACCCAAAAACUUUCAACAUUAAUCCACUCUAGGGAAAAAAAAUUGUUUUAAAAUCUGCACCAUCUUGUUGCCCACUCUAUUACAACUCUGAACUGAGUUAGUUUUCAGAAUUAGGGCCCAAUCCUUCUGUCCCUUUGUAUGAAAUUCAAAAUGAGAGUUCCAGAUACAGCCAGUUUGAAUGUAGAUCAUAAGCUACAUGGGAAAGAAAGCCAGUCUUCCUCUAUUUUGUACAAUGCAAGCACAAUGUCAGCACUCUAAUAACUUAUUAAUUAAUAAUAUAUAAUCCCAACUGAUAGGGUUGGGAUGAUUACCAUAUAUGGCUAUGAGUGCAUGAGAUUAUUUAUAUGUAAUGUUUUAUAUUAAAUAUGUUUGAAUGAUUUUUCCACCUUUAUUUUUUUUACAAAAAGAACAUGUUUAAAAUACAACUGUUAAAAUAAAAAAUGUACGGACAUUAA